GCUGAUUCGCAUCUGCCUUCCUCACUCAUCACGUCACAUCAUGUACAUAGCUGAGCUAGAGACGCCCACCGCUCUUAGAGUAAUCAAACGCUCGUAGUUUGCGUCCACCACAUUGCCGUUGUCUCGUUUGCCUGCCCCUGACGCACUGAGCUUCAGACAAGCUUCGCGGAGCUUCAGAAAUAGCUAGCUACAGCUAUGGCUGCUCCAAAGCGCUCUAGAUCAGAUCCCCCACCGCCCAUAACCAUCGAAGACACAGCUUCGGGAGCCGCCCCACAGCCUUCCCCGUCGCCGACGCGUUUAACUGAACAAGCCCGGUCAUACAGCGCCUACGAUCCGCGCCAGACUCAAGCUUCGAAUCUUCGGGACCGCCGUCAGAGCACUUGGGGACAUAAGAGGAAGCCUAGCCCGGGAAUUGAGUGGCACACUAAAUGGACUAAGGACAGCUGGAGGGAUGGGCGUGUGCUAUUGGUUGACUAUGUGGCGCGAGAGCAUACAGAAGGGGGCCGGAGGAAGAUCGUGGCUCAAGAGUUCUCUGAUAUUGAUGGAUUGAGAAGGUUCUAUCUGAAUCAAGACCUCUCCCAGCAAGCCGCGCUGAGAGUAAUUCACGUCCAAAACGCCUCCUGGGCCACGCGCUUCCUGCUCAGAAAGUUCAACAUCGAUGCCUCAGACGAUCUUGUAGGUACUACCUUCGGCCGCUGGGCGAAAUACGAGAAGCCCCAGCGCCGCGGAGGUAAACCGUUGCUAAACGGGAAGACUUUCCGCACCCAACGCGACCCAUGGAGAGGAAUCUCGCGAACAGCAUUCGGUCUGGAUUACCUUCGCCACUAUGCAAAGCACAAGGUCGCCAAUUCCAGUUCCGGGAUGAAGAUGAUGGAGCUCAACUACUUUGACUCAUCCGACCAGCCCACGUAUGGAUACGAUGUCUAUGUACAGCGUCUUUCUGUCUAUGUCCAGCGAAGUGAAGGCCCUCCUGGUUUGCCUGUCGACCCAGAUAUUCGAAAUCCUUACAACGAAGAAGAGUACCAAGAAUACCAAAGACUAAAACGGCAGUAUGGCUCAUCCGUAGAUGCGAAUGGCCACUACAAGGAUAACUACAUCCCCAAACUCCAGACGCUGGACAACGGCAGCACCAUCAUUCUGUUCGAGCAUUCACAGUCCGGAUCGGUGGAAGACACGUUGAUAGGCGCGCGACAGGAGAUUGAACAACGCUGGAGACGACUGACAUUCUACUUACCAAAAGAGGACGCAUCGAAUGAUGCCACCCUGGCAACAGAAUGCAUGGACUUUAUAUUAAGAGACAUAUUUAAAGCUUUGGCCUUCACGUGGGAGAAGUACCUCAACAUUUGUGAAACCCACGUUAGCAUUCUUGAAGACAAAAUCUAUGACAACCCCAGCGAUGAGAGCCGGGCACCCGAACUUUGGACAAACUCCUCUCUCUGGCUGAAAGUCGAACGCCUCCUCUACAUCCACAGCGGUAUAAUCCGAGAAAUGCGCAGCUACCUCCGCGAACUCGCCGAAGGCGAGGAUCCCCGAGAAAACGACCUCUGGCUGGGCUCAGCGUCGGACGAGCUCGAUAAAUUGACUACCCAGUUCCAGGAAGGCGUUAUAAAGCCCACAACUAGCCUCUCUGAUCUCAUGUACAAGAGCGUUGGGAUAAGGGACGCUCGACACUCCCUACAGCUCGGAUUGAGUAUGUGGCGCCUAAGCUGGAUAACAUUUAUCUUUUUGCCGUUGACUUUCGUGUGCGGCUUCUUCGGCAUGAACGUCGAUACCUUUGAGCCCAAUCCAUCCAUAAAAUGGUGGUUCAUAACCUCGGUUCCGCUCAUGCUCGUCGUCAUCUUCCUCUGGUACGGCGUCAAACACACGCUGGCGUCCCAACGCCAAGACCCCCUGCGCCGGGGCGUCUACGAAUCCCUCUUUCACACCCUCGCUAACGACCACCCUACCCUCUGGGGCCGUCGUGGCCCCAGGCCAGGAAUCGUGCCCGUGGGGUGGUGGAGUGGGGUUAAGUGGCGGUUGAUUACUACCUGGUUUGACCCCGAGCGUACAAUUGCAGCGAAAGGCUACGACCCGGGGGACGAGGAACUCGGAGUCUGGAGUAGGGUGAAACGGUAUUUAGUCAAACGAUGGCUGGGUCGGAUUACAGUGAUGCCGUUGACGACUACCACGGCUGCGACCACGCAAAUGGAUCUCGAAUCCGCGGGGAUUACCCAAGAUCUUGGGGCGGUGGGUGAGUUACUAUCAUUGGCUACGCCCAUUGCGUUGGCAGAUGCUGAUCCCACGGCGGCGAGUCGCUUGCAGCAAAGGAUUCCGAUGGAGAGGUUGAGGAGUCUGAGUCCGACGAGGAGUGAUGGGAGGCCUGGGAGUGGGGGCAGGACGAGUGGGGAUGCAGGGAGCGGGGUUAUGGUUGAGGAGAAGGGGGCUAGCGAGGAUGAGAGGAGUGGGGAUGAGAGUGAUGGUGGCGAGAGGAGGGACAGGUCGUUCAUGGAGAGGCUGAAUGUCCCGUUGUACCCUGGGGGUGCAGGCGUAGUGGCUGGGGGUUUGUAGAAGAAAAAUAAGGGAUGGAUGAUGGAUGAAUAGACUGGCCAUUUUUAUGGUUAGGUAGAGAAAAUAUUUAGGGGGUAGACGUGUCUCUGCUACAUCGGAGACUGGAUUGAUGGAAUGCACCUGAACACCGCUUAGCAAGACCAUAUAUUAGAUAUCGAAG